AAAUCUUGACAUAAACACACAGCCACAGAACAAGUUAAUUUUCUUAUGCCUUAGGGUUGAGCUUCCUAAAGCACAGAUCAGGUAUUCCUCCUUCAUUUUCUUUGGCUCUUAUCAACAAAGCACUCUGGGACUCAGAAACUAAGGACAGAGACAGGGAGGAGGAGAGGAGGAGGAAGAAAGAGACAGUGCGGAGGAGAGGAAAGGAAAAAAGAGAAAAGAGAAAGAAUGAAUUCAUCCACAUCACCAGCAUCACAAAGCACAGAAAGAAGAUGCUUCUCUUCCCAGCUGUUCUUUUGGGUCAUUGCUGGCACUGCCAUCCUGCUCCUGAGUGCCUGUUUUAUCACCAGAUGUGUUGUGACAUAUGGCAUCUUACAACUAUGUGAUGAGAAAAAGUUCCAGCCACCUGGGGAUUCCAUGGAACUCUCCUGCUAUAAUGAUGGAUCAGGUUCAGUCAAGAAUUGCUGUCCAUUGAAGUGGGUCCAUUUUCAAUCCAGCUGCUACUUCUUUUCUGUUAACACCAUGUCCUGGGCAGCAAGUCUAAAAAACUGCUCGAGCAUGGGCGCUCACCUGGUGGUUAUCAACACGCAGGAGGAGCAGGAAUUCCUUCACCAUGCAAAACCUAGAAACAAAGAGUUUUAUAUUGGACUGACAGAUCAGGUGAUUGAGGGUCAGUGGAAAUGGGUAGAUGGUACACCUCUCACAGAGUCUCUGAGCUUCUGGGAUGCAGGGGAGCCCAACAACCUGAUUACCUUGGAGGACUGCGCCACCAUAAGGGACUCCUCAAAUCCAAGGCAAAACUGGAAUGAUGUGCCCUGUUUCUCCAGUAUGUUUCGGGUUUGCGAAAUGCCAGAAAGAAAGAUUUGAGAAAAGAAAAAUCUUCAAGACACAAGGCACAACCCUAAAAUGCAUAAAUGGAAAAAGAACAAGUGUAAUCAUAACCACACAACUCCAACAUGAGAAAAGCAGGCAUUGCACUUUUUUAGGACUUCAUAAAUAUUUGUUGCUUUGAUAUAAAUAAAAAUAAGUCAUUUUGAAGGUGUAA